GUGUCCGAUUCGUGAAUGAAGCCACGACUGCUCCUACGUAGAACAUAUUGUUCGCUUGUCGGUAACAAUGGUAAUGCUCAAAUCUCUCAUCUUUGUCGCAUCAACCGAAUAAACGAUGCUCGAGAAGUGUUCGAUUCAUUGCCCUGCAAGACAAUUUCUUCCUGGAACUCCAUGGUUUCUGGGUACUUUGAAAACCGCAUGCCGAGAGAAGCCCAGCUUCUGUUCGAUCAAAUGCCUCAGAGAAACAUCAUCUCGUGGAAUGGGUUGGUUUCUGGGUAUGUUAAGAACGGGAUGAUUAAUAAAGCUUGGGAAGUGUUCGAUGCAAUGCCUGCGAAGGACGUUCGUUCCUGGACCGCGAUGGUCAAAGGGUAUGUUCAAGAGGGCAUGGUCGCUGAGGCGGAAUCGCUGUUUUGGAGAAUGCCCGAGAAGAACGAGGUUUCUUGGACUGUGAUGCUUGGUGGAUUGAUUCAAGAUGGACGGAUCGACGAUGCACGCAAGUUGUAUGAUGCAAUGCCGAUGAAAGACACAGUUGCAAUGACUAAUAUGAUCGGUGGAUUGUGCAAUGCAGGGAGAGUGGACGAGGCGAGAGAGAUUUUCGACAAGAUGCUGCAUAAAAAUGUGAUUACUUGGACCACAAUGAUUCAAGGGUAUGGACAGAGCAAUCGUGUGAAUGUUGCUAGGAAGCUGUUUGAAGUGAUGCCCGAGAAAACCGAAAUCACAUGGACGAACAUGCUUUUAGGCUAUACCAGGAGCGGAAGAAUGGAGGAGGCCGAAGAUCUUUUCGAGGCGAUGCCCGUGAAGCCGGUUAUUGCAUGUAAUGCUAUGAUUGUCGGGUUUGGGAAAUGGGGAGAGAUCGCAAAAGCAAGGAGGGUUUUUGAUCAGAUGAUGGAGAGGGAUGAUGCUACAUGGAAUGAAAUGAUCAAACUUCAUGAGAGAAAAGGGUUUGAAUUAGAGGCGUUCAAGUUGUUUACCCUCAUGCAGAGACGGGGGAUUAGGCCGACGUUUCCAUCACUGAUCAGCAUCCUUUCCCUCUGCGGAAGCUUAACAAGUCUCAGCCAUGGCAGACAGGUUCAUGCUCGACUGGUGAGAUCUCAAUUCGAUGUUGAUGUGUAUGUUGCCUCUGUUUUGAUGACCAUGUACGUCAAAUGUGGUGAGCUUGCGAAAGCAAAACUAGUAUUCGACAGGUUUGCUACAAAGGACAUCGUCAUGUGGAAUUCAAUCAUUUCCGCUUAUUCCCAGCACGGUCUCGGAGAGGAAGCUCUGAAUGUUUUCCAUGAGAUGUCGUUGUUCGGCAUUAUGCCAAAUGAAGUGACCUUUGUUGCAAUUCUCUCAGCAUGUAGCUACACAGGAAAAGUCGAGGAAGGGCUUAAGAUCUUCGAGUCAAUGGAAUCAAAGUAUCGGGUAAAACCGAUAUCUGAACAUUAUUCUUGUGUUGUGGAUAUGCUUGGACGUGCAGGACGGGUAGACGAGGCAAUGCGGCUGAUCGAGAGUAUGACCAUGGAACCAGAUGCUGCUGCUUGGGGUUCCCUGUUAGGAGCAUGUAGAACUCACUCUCGGCUGGAUUUAGCCGAAGUUGCUGCAACCAAACUCAUCGAGAUUGAACCCGAAAAUUCCGGCACUUACAUCUUACUCUCCAACAUAUAUGCAUCACGAGGCAAGUGGGCUGAAGUUGCGGAACUGAGGAAAACCAUGAGGGAAAGGAACAUAAGCAAAUCGCCCGGCUGCAGCUGGAUUGAAGUGGAGAAGAAAGUGCACAUGUUCUCUGGUGGAGACAUUACAAGACAUCCUGAACACGGUUUGAUCUCGAAAAUGUUGGAGAAGUUAGAUGUGUUACUGAGAGAAGCAGGGUACAACCCCGAUAUCAGCUAUGCAUUGCACGACAUAGACGAGGAAGAGAAGGCGAAUAGCCUGAGAUACCACAGCGAGAGGCUGGCGGUGGCUUAUGGCCUAUCGAAGUUGCCUGAAGGAGUUCCCGUUCGGGUCAUGAAGAACCUUAGGGUUUGCGGGGAUUGCCACACGGCCCUCGGGUUAAUCUCGAAGGUGACGGGAAGGGAGAUCAUUCUAAGAGAUGCAAACAGGUUUCAUCUGUUCAAGGACGGCCGGUGUUCCUGCGGAGGUUAUUGGUAAUAAAAGUCUAUGGAUUGUGAUGCAGAGACGAGAUGAAGAAAGAACUUGGCUGGCUACCCGUCAAAAUUCUCAUGGAUGGUUCUGAUCCGAGCAAGAAAGCUCGCUCUUUUCUUUCGCUUGGUUCUUGUUUGCAACUGAUUUGCCAAUUUGAGAUGGAAAAGCUCACUGCUUUGCUGAUAAAACCACAGUUCGCCUGUAGCUGUGGUUACGGCUUUACUCGGUCUCUACAAUGUUCAGUGGCUCGGAACCAACUCGUUUUUUGAGCUCGUUUAAAAACGAACCCGAGCGAACCAAGUUCGUAAUCAGCGAACUCAUGACGAUCUGGACCGGACAGAGCCGAGGCGAAAAAGCUGACUUCUCUUUCUGCAACUAUGUGUAUGAACAUUCCCUGAGAUUCGCUGUGCAAAACAAGAUGAAAUCUCUUUUUGUUUCGCUAACUGAGGAGAUCCAGAUGAGAUUCUCGGCUUCUCUGCUCGAGGUACUCGCUUCUUUGUGCAAGUAAUCUUAUUCAAUUUUAGCCCAGAACUCGUAACUUUUAAUCUGUGUUCGUGAUAUUUGUUUCUUGGAUCAUUUGUGUCUCAUCAGAAUCCUUUAUCAGUGAAUGCAAAUAUGUUUUCGUUUCUCCAGUAUUUGAUUCUGUUUCUCUGCAAAGUGUUUGCUCUGUUCUGUUCAUGAGUUCACUGUGAAUUCUAAAGAUCAGAAAUCUUUGACGAUAAAAGAAACUAACGUUUUGCCAAAUUGCUCUGAUGCCCUUUACCUGCAAUGAACCACUGAUUACGAUUCCUGUUGUGUCACUAAUGAGCAUCUUUGCUGUUAUGUGAUCUUUUCUAACUCUUCCUACCCCGAGAAUACGUUCACUGCAGUGUAUUGCUAGUUUCAAUCUGGUACGAAUACGUUCCUAGUGGCGUAAAUGUACCGGGAAAUCUGCAAUCUUUCAGGACAACGGCUAAUCCCGGGGAAUGUGCAUUCUAUAGUAUGGAAAAUGAACUUUUGAGCACAUUGCCCUGUUUGCUUUUCACAUCUGUGUAUACAUAUCUGAUCUAAGUUUGCUAGGAUCUUCUUCUGUUACCGAUCCCGGAAACUUUUCAAGCAGUGUCUUGUCUGUACACUUCCAUAUGCAUUCCGGCGCAAAGGGUUUUGCCAAAAUCUCUCCUUUCAGAAGAGAAACAACUCAAACGUGCAUGGGAAGGCUUUUCAUGAACGAGAACUGAAAGCUCGAGUUCCGGGCUGGCGCCGGUUUGGUCGGUGUAGUUACGGGAGGCCUGGGAAUCCGAAAUUUCGGGUAUCCGUUUGACCCCUGAGCCGGCUGUCCAAAACUUCGGAUUUUCGUCCACCGACGAGACGAGUAUGUGCGCUUCAGGCGGCCAGAAUCCAACCUUCGGGUUCAGAUUCGGAUUUCGUUACGGAUUUCGACUUUCGACGACGAAAUUCUGUUGUCGUUGUCAUUUAUCCAGGCGAUGAUUGUUUGUACUGUCACUGCAUUGGCAUAUGCAACGGUUUUACGUUCUUAAUGUAUCACUAGUGAUACAACAAUUUUUCUUGCAAUUUAUGUCAUUUGCGUUGUUAA